AUGAAAACAACUCAAAUCUUAUUGAUUGCUAUUCUUGUUUCCUGUAUGGUUAUUUCCUACACUCAAGCAUCUUCUCCAGGUUGGUUGAUUAAUAGAAGAUACAAGGAAGAAUCUGAUUAUGCUGAUGAAUUGGCAGAUGCUUUGGUUGAUGUAAUCCUUUCUGAUAAGGUUGCACAUGAAGUUAAACCAAAUAAUGCUGGAAAGUACAAUCCUGAUGAAAUCUUUUAUAAGAAAAGAACUAGAGCAUUGGCUGAUAGAUUGAUUGAACAUAUUUACACCACUUUUGAUGAACCAACUCCUACUCGUCCAUCAAAGAGAUUCAUUCGUGAAAUGGCCGAUAAAAUAGCCUAUGAAAUUAAGGCAAAUAACGCUGGAAAGUAUAAUCCAGAUAGACCAGUAAAAUAA